GAGAGAGAGAGAGAGAGAGAGAGAGAGAGAGAGAGAGAGAGAGAGAGAGAGAAGGCGCUGCUGCUGCUGUGUCUGUGGCUACCCACCGCAGUUUUCCGGUCUCCUUCUAUCCACACGAUUUUCCUUGGAUACCUAGCGGAUGCUAUCCUUUCCUCGGCACACCAGCAUCUCUUUUGCUUUCAAUGCCAUUCGUUGGGAAUGAUUUCCGUGUGUCGCUCGCUGUGAAUUGUCGGCAUUAAUCGGGGAGGGGAAGCUAGAAGAGCGUUGUUCCUCUGGAUAUUACACGAAGUAAUGCCAGUACCAGACCAGCCCUUUGACACAGAAAACUCCAGCAUGUUGAGCCCGGUACUGAACGCCUCCAAUGGAGAUGGAUCUGAGACUGAGACCACCUCUGCCAUCUUGGCCUCUGUUAAAGAACAGGAGCUGCAAUUUGAGCGACUGACGAGAGAGUUGGAGGCUGAGAGGCAGAUUGUUGCCACCCAGCUGGAGAGAUGCAAGCUGGGAUCUGAGACCGGAAGCAUGAGCAGCAUCAGUUCUGCAGAUGAGAAGUUUCGCUGGAACAACCAAGACGGACAGAAGGAUAUAGAGGAGGAGCUCACCACAGGUCUGGAACUUGUAGAUUCCUGCAUUCGAUCUCUUCAAGAGUCUGGUAUUCUGGAUGCACAGGAAUUCACUGCAGGCGAAAGACCAGGCAUCCUCUCUCAAAGUGCUUUGCAGCUCAAUAAUCAAGAGGGCACCUUUCCCUAUCCAGUCAGUUACCAUAGCAACCAGACCCUGGCCCUGGGCGACCUGUCGGCCUCCCAGCCCCCGCGCAGUGGUCAGGUUGGAGGAGCCUUACAUAGCUAUAAUCAGGUGACGUCUAAUCGUGUUGCCCAGCUGGCUGCCAGAGAGACAGCCGCCCGGGCCCAUUCUCGAGACUCCUUUGCCCAGAGUCAUGGCAGUGCAUUCCACAUGCCUGACGAUCCGCCAACAGCCCCUGUAAACUAUUCCUGCUCCACUCUACCAGCCCAGCGAGUGAGCUCUCCCUUUUCCAUGCAGGCUUUGGGCUCCCCCUCCAAACUGCAGAGGCUGGGCUCAGCCUCCGACAUGCCCAGCUACGCCACUCUGGCGCGGGUGUCGUCGCCCAAGCAGUCCCCGAGCCGGCUAGCCAAGUCCUACAGCACCAGCUCUCCCAUCAACAUGGCGGUGGGAGGAGGGUCGUCCUCUUCACCGCUGCACAUGGUCGGACCGGGCAAUGGCUCCAGCUCGUCUCCGCUACACCAGCUCAGCGCUGCUGUAGGAAGCUACGCCACUCUGUCCCCCACCAAGAGAAUGCUGCACACCACCGAUCAGUACAAAAUCUCUCAUGAUCUGUACGCCAACGCCACACUCCAGAGACCUGGCAGUCUGGCAGGUUCUAGAGGUUCGUACAGCAGUCAGCACAGUCACCUGGGCUCAGAGCUCAGACCCCUGCAGUCUCCUGAGCACCACAUCGACCCCAUUUAUGAGGACAGAGUCUAUCAGAAAGCCCCCCUGAGAAACUUCAACCAAGGCCAGGAUCCAAUGAACCAGUUUUGUGACCAGGUCCUGAACUUUCUGCUCUGUCCCUACUCUCCUGUUGUAGCCCCUUCCUCUCCCGGUGUUGACUCCAUACCCUUGCAGCGCACUGGAAGCCAGAACGCCACGGGAACAUUCCCCCGUUCUGGCUACGCUACUGGCCCUGGUGCCUCCACUGCCGACUAUGCCAACCCCUAUCGUACACUACAGUUCUGCCCCUCCACAGACUCACCCUACAGCAAAUCGGGGCCUGCUUUGCCCCCGGAAGCUACCCUGGUCAGGUCGCCCUCUGUGGACAGCAUCCAGAAGGACCCCAGGUACGACCCUGAAUUCCUUGUCUGGAAUCAAAAUCAAGCCGAGCAAAGAAUGACAAAGGAAUUUGGCUGGAGGGAUCCUGAACUGCCGGAGGUAAUCCAAAUGCUGCAGCACCAGUUUCCAUCGGUACAGUCCAACGCUGCCGCCUACCUCCAGCACUUGUGCUUUGGAGACAACAAGAUCAAGUCAGAGAUACGAAGGCAGGGUGGGAUUCAGCUGCUGGUGGACUUGUUGGAUCACCGUAUGACUGACGUGCACAGGAGUGCCUGCGGCGCACUUAGGAACCUGGUUUAUGGCAAGGCCAAUGACGACAACAAGAUCGCCCUGAAGAACUGCGGUGGGAUCCCUGCACUCGUGCGACUCCUGCGCAAGACGACAGACGUGGAGAUCAGAGAGCUGCUCACAGGUGUGCUGUGGAACUUGUCCUCUUGCGAUGCACUGAAGAUGCCCAUAAUUCAGGAUGCUCUGGCAGUGCUGACCAACACGGUCAUUAUUCCUCACUCGGGCUGGGACACCUCACCCCAUCAGGACGACCGCAAGCUGCACCUGCAUUCCUCACAGGUGCUCCGCAAUGCUACCGGGUGCCUCAGGAAUGUGAGCUCAGCCGGAGAAGAAGCCCGCCGCAGGAUGAGAGAGUGUGAGGGUCUGACUGAUGCGCUGCUUUAUGUCAUCCAGACAGCCCUGGGCACCAGUGAGAUCGACAGCAAGACCAUCGAGAACUGCGUGUGCAUCCUGCGGAACCUGUCGUACAGGUUGGCCGCAGAGACGUCUCAGGGGCAGCAGAUGGGAUCGGAGGAACUGGACGGGGUUCUGUGCACCGAUGCCAGCGGGAAGGAUGCGGAGAGCUCCGGCUGCUGGGGCAAGAAGAAGAAGAAAAAGAAGAGCCACGAUCAGUGGGAUGGUGUUGGGCCUUUCCCAGACUCCAGUGACCCUCCAAAGGGACUACAGAUGCUGUGGCACCCGUCCAUAGUAAAACCAUACCUCACUCUGCUGUCUGAGUGCUCAAACCCGGACACACUGGAGGGAGCGGCUGGGGCUCUACAGAACCUGGCAGCGGGUAGCUGGAAGGUAGGCCCCACCUUAAAACCUUGGUCGGUGUACAUCCGUGCUGCUGUUCGGAAAGAGAAAGGGCUGCCCAUUCUGGUGGAGUUGCUGAGAAUAGACAAUGACCGGGUGGUGUGUGCUGUGGCCACAGCUCUCCGAAACAUGGCCCUUGAUGUCAGGAACAAGGAGCUCAUAGGCAAGUAUGCCAUGAGGGAUCUGGUCCAUCGGCUACCGGGCGGCAACAAUAACAACAGCACCGGCACCGGCUCCAGCAAGAGCAUGUCUGAUGACACCAUUACGGCGAUCUGCUGCGCUCUGCAUGAAGUCAUCACGAAGAACAUGGAGAACACCAAGGCCCUUCGUGACGCCGGCGGCAUUGAGAAACUCAUCGGCAUUGCCCGCAGCAAAGGAGACAAACACACACCGAAGGUGGUGAAAGCAGCUUCUCAAGUCCUCAACAGCAUGUGGCAGUACAGAGAUUUGCGAAGCCUCUAUAAGAAGGAUGGCUAUUCUCAGUAUCACUUCAUUGGCUCUUCAUCUACAAUUGAGAGAGACAGACAACGACCCUAUUCCUCCUCUCGCACCCCAUCUAUCUCUCCUGUGCGGACUUCACCCAAUAAUCGAUCAGCAAGUGCCCCCACCUCCCCUCGAGAAAUGAUGAGCUUGAAGGAGAGGAAGAUAGACUAUGAGACAACUGGAACUAAUUCUGGUUACCAUGGAAACAAGGGCGAGCACACCUCCAGAAAAGAUGCGAUGGCAGCUCAAAUCUCAAGUGGAACAUCUACACUGUUCAGAGGUGCUUACAUGUCUCCUGGUGAUGACAUCAAACAUAACCAGGUCUCCGCUCAAGGCAACCCUCCAGAGGCCUACCCUCCCUUCCAGACUCCCCCAGGAGCCAACUUCGAGGAGCCGUACUACGAGGACCAAGCGCAUAAACGCCCCCAACCUGCAGCCGACGGCACCAUGCACCUGGGACUGAAGUCCACGGGGAACUACGUGGACUUUUAUUCGGCAUCCCGCCCGUACAGUGAACUCAACUACGAGACGAGCCACUACCCUGCCUCGCCAGACUCGUGGGUGUAGAGGCACAGAGGAAGGCUGGAGGCUGGCCUACGAACACCAUACACAGAGACCAGGCCAGCAUGUGCAUGAACACUAGUAGACAUCUCACACACGAAACCUUCAGUUCGGUUCACUGCUCGCACCACAGUGGGCCGUCACUCGGCCAGUGAGCGAGGUUAGGAAAGUGCUUGACGAGAGAGGAUUUUAGAGGAGCUCAAGGAAUGCGUUUUACCGAAGGGACCACUUGAACUUUGGUGUUUUUCGAAGCAGUGGAGGGAAUCGAAAUGUAAACGGGAAAGUGGAAGAUACUGUAUGUGGCGCAGAGAUGGGACAGUUACGUGAAGCACAAGAACUCGACAUUCGACACAAGCUAAGGAAGUAGUUUUCACACAUUUUUUGGGACAUUUCUUUAUGUUAAACCAUGCUUUUAUGGAGUGCUCGGUUACACUCUUAGCCUUUGUAUAUUUUACUUUGUUUCUUUUUAUUAUUUGCUUGUUUUUGUACCUCCUUUUUAACUUCUUAAGUCUGGUGUAAAGUACUUGUUGUAUAUUACAUAUGUAGAUACAAGGUGCAUUGUGUAUAUUACGCAAAGACUACUGUGUCCUCCCAUGUGGCUCAAUAUAUCAUUUUAUUUUCCUGUAUUUUAAAAGAGAGAGGAAAAUACACUCACUGAACUCCAGCGUCCUGUUCUAUGGGUAAGAAAAGCAUAUAAUUCAGAGGUGUCGUUUGCUCUAAUGUGUUCUUUCUCCGUUUUUCUGAGAAAACUACUAAUAACUGACGACCGAGCAUCACUGCCUGGACAGGGUUUCCACCAAUAACAAGAACGUUUUCAGGCCUAUCUGUCAGUCUGUUUUCUUUUUUCCCCAACUGUACUGACAUGAAGACUGGUCAUUCCACAAGCCGUCGAGUGAUCUGUGCUAAGUUAUGUGCCAAAUGUGGUAAUCCCUGACCCAAGGGGUGCUGUAGAUCCGCCGUUUAAGUUACAUUUAACGACAAGUCACUGGUUCUAUCGACGCCUGUUUGUAAAUGCUUUUUUUUUUAUGUGUUUCAACAGCAUUCACACUGUAACGAAAAACGGAGGGAACACGGUCUUUGACAGCUACUUCCCCUCCAAAGAUGUACAAUUAGUUGACUCUGUGUUGUAAAAUAGACAUUUGCAAAAUCUGCUUUUUUUCUUCCAGAAAAAUCAGUGGUUCUUAAGCUCAUCGUAGACAUAUCUGUCAAUAGAAUAUGGAUAUAUAUUAUAUAAAUACAAAAUAUAUAUAUACUUUUUAUGUGCAGAUGUGGAUGUCACAUAACGCAGAAACAUUGCAAGGAAAAAAUGCUAGUUAAAAAAAAAGCAUAGGGUUUUGUUCACCUUAAUUUCUAACCAGAUGUUGACCUCCUGUUGUCAUGUUGUUGCUGUUUCAAAGAGGUGAGACCAGGGCUCAGUAAGGGCAGAUGUGAGCAAGCUUCUAAUAUUGACUUGAAAAGGUGCUAAAACAAUGCUCUAACAUUUUUUGGGCCUAUGUUGCUACCUUUUAUUAAUGCCUUUUGAAUGUUUCAUGUCCUUAGUAAAAUGGAUGCCACUAAAAUGAAUAGCUUUGAUCUAGAAGGAGAGCUGUGCGUAUAGACACGCCUCUUGAUUUUCAUUUUUUUUCUCUCUUAGGUAAUUUCCUAAACCUAAUCUCAGGUCAUCUUAUUGCAGGAGAAGAUGGGUGAGCAUUCCUCUAUUGACUGAAUGGAGAACAAAGAAUGACACUACCCUAUAAUUUUUUUGUGAUUUUUUCCAACCUUAAACUUCAAAUCUGGCGGAUUUAAGGAAGGUAUGAAGCAAGCCCUGGUCUUCCCUUCAUGUCAAUUUACACUUAGAGGUAAUUGUCAGAUGCAAGGAUUGACGAUGAUCCCCAAACUCACAUAUCUUCAGCACCAUCGAUAGUGAACGUCUGAGAACAAGCAAAAUAUCUGUGAAAAAGUAGACAUAUCAGACAACCUGUAUUGAAGAUGUAAGUAAAACUUUUUUUUUCUGUUGCUAGACAAAGUGUUUGAGAGAAUUGUGAACCUUUUUAAUGCCAGGUUGCAACUGCUAUAUAAACUAAUGGAGAAUCAC